GAAAAAGAGAAUUUUUUCUGAAAACCUUUACUAAUGUAUAUAAAAUAAAAAAUAACAAAGCCUCCUUUUGUUUAUUCCUUCUUCACUUUAGGGUUUCAGGUUUCGGUGUUAGCCUCUACCCUUAUCCCUCACCAAUUUUCUCCCAAUUAAUCAUCGAAUUGCAAUUUCGUUAGAACCAAGACCAUGGCCUUGUUUCCCUGAUUGUUAAUUUUGGGGUUUCGAUUUUGUUCGAAGAGUGAAUUUCUGUUUCUAUUUUCUAGGGUGUCGAUCAGUUGUUGUUGAGAUGCAAAGAAUAAUCGGAUCAGGAGUCGUCGAUCUUGUAGUGGCGACAAUCCGGUAAUCACGGGCGGUGGUCCCCUUUGUAUGGAAACUCGGAGCCGGAAGCGGGCGGAGGCCUCCUCAGCUGGCCCUUCAUCUUCAUCUUCUCCCUCCGGUCCCACCACUCGUUCUCACAAACGCGCUCGUCUUUCUUUCUCCUCAGCCACCUCCUCCACCACCGCAACGACUCGCUUUCGCACUUCCAGUGCUGCCGCUGCCGUAAUGGACCCCACCACAACCGAAUUUUCUUCCGGUUCCCGCCGCGAUCGUCGUUCCAGCAAAUCUAACCAAACCACAACAAGUGACAGUCCGAAUCUCACCUCCGAUAAAGGCAAAGAAAAGGAACAUGACCUAAGGAUUCGCGAUAGAGGUAGGGAUAAUAGAGAUAACAAAAACAAUAAUUCUAAUCAUCCAGAGAGAAGUUUUGGGUUAAAUAUGGAUGCCUCUGGAGGUGAUGAGGAUGAUAAUGAUAGCGAAGGCGGUGUAGGGAUUUUGCAGCAGAAUCUGACGUCAGCAAGCAGCGCGUUACAAGGCUUGUUGAGGAAACUUGGUGCCGGGCUUGAUGAUUUGCUGCCCUCAUCGGCUAUGGGUUCUGGGUCUUCAUCUCAUCAAAGCGGGAGGUUGAAGAAGAUUCUGUCUGGAUUGCGUUCUGAUGGUGAGGAAGGGAGGCAAGUGGAGGCGUUGACGCAGCUCUGCGACAUGCUUUCAAUUGGGACUGAGGAGUCCUUGAGCACCUUUUCUGUGGAUUCGUUUGUUCCCGUGCUAGUUGGAUUGCUUAAUCAUGAGAGUAAUCCUGAUAUUAUGCUUCUUGCGGCAAGGGCUCUUACUCAUUUGUGUGAUGUGUUGCCUUCUACGUGUGCUGCUGUGGUGCACUAUGGUGCAGUUUCGGUUUUUUGUGCUAGGUUGCUCACUAUUGAGUAUAUGGACUUGGCUGAACAGUCUUUGCAAGCUUUGAAGAAGAUAUCUCAGGAACACCCAACUGCCUGCCUGCGAGCUGGUGCUCUCAUGGCAGUGCUGUCAUACCUGGAUUUCUUCUCCACUGGGGUUCAGCGAGUGGCACUAUCUACUGCUGCUAAUAUGUGCAAGAAACUCCCUUCAGAUGCUGCUGAUUAUGUCAUGGAAGCUGUACCACUAUUAACAAAUCUUUUGCAAUAUCAUGAUUCAAAGGUGUUAGAGCAUGCUUCUGUUUGUUUGACUCGCAUUGCUGAGGCCUUUGCAUCUUCCCCGGAUAAAUUAGAUGAGCUAUGUAAUCAUGGAUUGGUUACUCAAGCUGCAUCUCUCAUUUCCACAAGUAAUUCUGGAGGUGGACAGGCAUCUUUGAGCACACCAACAUAUACGGGCUUAAUUCGACUGCUUUCAACAUGUGCAAGUGGGUCUCCUCUGGGAGCGAAAACUUUACUUCUCCUUGGGAUCAGUGGCAUACUUAAAGAUAUACUGUCAGGUUCUGGCGUUGCUGCUAACUCAUCUGUUCCUCCAGCAUUAAGCAGACCAGCAGAGCAGAUUUUUGAGAUUGUCAAUCUGGCAAAUGAGCUUCUUCCUCCAUUGCCACAAGGAACCAUCUCCCUCCCCAGCUUUAAUUUAUUUGUGAAAGGAUCUCUUGUGAGGAAGUCUUCUGCUAGCAGCUCUGGAAAGCUAGAAGAAACCAAUGGAAGUGCUCCUGAGUUUUCAGCCCGAGAGAAAUUAUUGAAUGAUCAACCAGAACUUCUUCAGCAGUUUGGAAAGGAUCUCCUUCCUGUUCUCAUACAGAUCUAUGGUUCCAGCGUCAAUAGCCCUGUUCGUCACAAAUGUCUCUCAGUUAUCGGAAAACUGAUGUACUUCAGUAGUGCAGACAUGAUCCAGAAUCUAUUGAGCGCGACCAACAUAUCAAGCUUCUUGGCUGGUGUUUUAGCAUGGAAAGAUCCACAUGCCUUGGUUCCUUCCCUCCAAAUUGCUGAAAUCCUCAUGGAAAAGCUUCCUGAAACCUUCUCCAAAAUGUUUGUCAGAGAGGGUGUGGUUCAUGCUGUGGACCAGCUUGUAUUAAUUGGUAAUCAAAAUACCACUCCUGCUCAAGCAUCUUCCGUUGAGAAGGAUAAUGACUCUGUAUCUGGAACAUCAUUGCGUGCCAGGCGUUUAAGACGACGCAGUAAUAACUCAAAUCCUGAAGGAAGUUCAGUGGAGGAGUCCAAGAAUCCAGCACCUGUGAAUAUUGGCCCACUUCCAAGUUCAGUUGAAAUUCCUACAGCCAAUUCCAAUCUUCGUGCUGCAGUAAGUGCAUGUGCUAAAGCAUUUAAAGAUAAGUAUUUCCCCUCUGGUCCCGGGACUGUUGAAGUUGGAGUAACGGAUGAUCUUUUACACUUAAAAAAUCUUUGUUUGAAAUUGAAUGCCGGUGUUGAUGAACAAAAGACUAAGGCAAAAGGAAAAUCUAAAGCUUCAGGGUCUCGAUUGGCUAAUUUUUCUGCUAGCAAGGAAGAGUAUUUGAUUGGGGUGAUUUCUGAGAUGCUAGCAGAACUAAGUAAGGGGGAUGGUGUAUCCACUUUUGAGUUUAUUGGUAGUGGUGUUGUUGCAGCCUUGUUAAACUAUUUUUCUUGCGGGUACUUCUCCAAGGAGAGAAUUUUAGAUGUAAACCUGCCUAAGCUUCAUCACAAAGCCCUUAAAAGAUUCAAAUCAUUUAUCAGUGUUGCACUUCCUUCAGGUGUGGAUGAUGGAAGUACUGCUCCUAUGACUGUCUUGGUUCAGAAGCUUCAAAAUGCUUUAUCAUCACUCGAGCGUUUCCCUGUAGUUCUUAGUCACUCAUCUAGGUCAUCUGGUGUGAGUGCACGUUAUUCUUCUGGACUAAGUGCAUUAUCUCAGCCUUUUAAGUUGCGCCUCUGUCGAGCCCAAAGAGAUAAGUCUCUUCGUGAUUAUUCUUCAAACGUUGUGUUGAUUGAUCCAUUAGCAAGUCUAGCAGCUGUUGAAGAAUUUCUUUGGCCGCGAGUUCAGCGCAGUGACACCGCUCUUAAACCCUCUGUAUCUGUAGGAAAUUCGGAAUCUAGGAACACACCUUGUGGGGCUGGUGCUUCUUCUCCAUCUACCUCAACUCCUGCUUUGACCGCUUGUCGUCUUUCUUCAAGGUCCAGAUCAUCUGUUAUUAUAGGAGAUAGAGCCAGAAAGGAACCAUCACAGGAGAAAAGCACAAGUUCGUCAAAGGGCAAAGGUAAGGCUGUUUUGAAGUCUGCUCAAGAGGAGCCAAGAGGACCUCUAACAAGAAAUGCUGCUCGUAGAAGAGCUGCUCUGGAUAAAGAUGCUCCAAUGAAACCUGUUAAUGGUGACUCUAGUUCUGAGGAUGAAGAAUUGGAUAUGUCUCCUGUGGAGAUUGAUGAUGCUUUGGUGAUUGAGGAUGAUGACAUUUCUGAUGAUGAAGAUGAUGAUCAUGAAGGUGUGCUUAGAGAUGUUUCUCUUCCUGUUUGCAUACCAGACAAAGUACAUGAUGUUAAAUUGGGUGAUUCAGCUGAAGAUGGCACGCCUGCCCCAGCUGCAAGUGAUAGCCAAACUAAUGCAGCUUCAGGAUCUAGCAGCAGAGCUGCUGCUAUUAGGGGUUCUGAGUCUGCUGAUUUUAGGAGUGGUUAUGGCUCAAGGGGUGCAAUGUCGUUUGCUGCUGCUGCCAUGGCUGGGCUUGGAUCUGCCAAUGGUAGAGGUGUUAGGGGAGGUAGAGAUCGACAAGGACGACCUCCAUUUGGCAGUUCUAAUGAGCCUCCAAAGUUGAUAUUUACUGCUGGUGGGAAACAGCUCAACAGGCAGUUGACCAUCUAUCAGGCCAUUCAAAGACAGCUUGUGUUAGAUGAGGACGAUGAUGAGAGAUAUGCUAGUAGUGAUUUUAUAUCUAGUGAUGGAAGCAGGUUCUGGAGUGAUAUCUACACAAUAACAUAUCAGAGGGCCGAUGGCCAAGCUGACCGAACAUCAGUAGGGGGAUCAGGUUCUGCUACAGCAUCUAAAACUGCUAAAUCUGGUUCUUCCAGCUCCAGCUCUGAUCCCCAAACUCAUAGAAUGUCACUUUUAGAUAGCAUUUUGCGAGGGGAACUUCCUUGUGAUCUAGAAAGAUCUAAUCCUACUUAUAUUAUAUUGGCACUUUUGCGUGUGUUAGAGGGUUUGAAUCAGCUUGCACCUCGUUUAAGAGCUCAGAUUGUUUCUGACAAUUUUGCUGAAGGAAAGAUUUUAAAUCUGGAUGAGUUGAGUACAACCAGUUCUAGAGUGCCUUAUGAGGAAUUCGUUAAUGGUAAGCUCACACCUAAACUGGCUCGGCAAAUACAGGAUGCCCUUGCUCUCUGCAGCGGAAGCCUUCCUUCUUGGUGUUACCAGUUGACAAAGGCAUGCCCCUUUUUAUUUCCUUUUGAGAUUCGAAGGCAGUACUUUUAUUCAACUGCCUUUGGCUUGUCUCGUGCAUUAUAUCGACUUCAGCAGCAGCAGGGUUCUGAUGGCCAUGGAUCAACUAAUGAAAGAGAGGUGAGAGUUGGUAGGUUACAGCGGCAGAAAGUUCGUGUCUCCCGAAACCGCAUUUUGGAUUCUGCUGCAAAAGUAAUGGAGAUGUAUUCUAGCCAAAAAGCUGUGCUUGAGGUUGAAUAUUUUGGAGAAGUUGGCACUGGAUUGGGUCCAACCUUGGAGUUCUAUACACUCUUAAGUCAUGAUUUGCAGAAGGUUGGACUUGGAAUGUGGAGGUCGGAUUCUUUGUGGGAUAAGUCAUUAAUGGAAAUUGAUGGAGAUGAAGAGAAAAAUGGAAAAACAGCUGGUUCUGCUACCAUUGAGGGAGAUAUAAUCCUAGCACCACUAGGGUUGUUCCCUCGACCUUGGCCACCAAAUGCUGAUGCUUCUGAAGAUAGCCAGUUUUCUAAAGUAAUUGAAUAUUUCCGGCUGGUUGGGCGUGUGAUGGCUAAAGCUCUUCAAGAUGGACGGCUUUUAGACCUGCCUCUAUCAACAUCAUUUUAUAAACUUGUGCUUGAUCAAGAGCUUGAUUUGCAUGAUAUUCUGUCUUUUGACACUGAGUUUGGGAAAAUUUUGCAAGAAUUGCAUCUUCUUGUUGGUCGAAAGCAAUAUUUAGAAUCAAUGGGUGGUGACAAUUGUGGUGCGAUUGGUGAUUUACACUUCCGUGGGACCCCGAUAGAAGAUCUCUGUUUGGAUUUUACAAUUCCAGGCUAUCCAGACUACACACUGAAGCUAGGGGAUGCAACUGUGGAUAUUAAUAACUUAGAGGAAUACAUAUCCUUGGUGGUUGAUGCAACCGUCAAGACUGGAAUUAUGCGGCAAAUGGAGGCAUUUAGGGCUGGAUUUAAUCAGGUUUUUGAUAUCGCGUCGUUGCAAAUAUUUACUCCCCAAGAGAUGGACUAUUUGCUGUGUGGUCGCAGAGAGUUGUGGGAGGCUGAGACACUUGCUGAUUACAUAAAAUUUGAUCAUGGAUAUACAGCUAAGAGCCCUGCAAUUGUUAAUUUUCUUGAAAUUAUGGGAGAAUUUACACCUAAACAGCAGCGGGCCUUCUGUCAAUUUGUUACUGGUGCGCCCAGGCUUCCACCUGGCGGCCUGGCAGUGCUGAAUCCAAAGCUGACAAUCGUUAGAAAGCAUUCUGCAUCUGCAAGUGCUGCUGCUACUGCUGCUGCUUCCAAUGGAACUGGACCAUCAGAAUCAGCAGAUGAUGACUUGCCCAGUGUCAUGACUUGUGCUAAUUACUUGAAGCUUCCUCCAUAUUCUACCAAGGAGAUUAUGUAUAAGAAAUUGCUAUAUGCAAUCAGCGAAGGGCAAGGAUCUUUUGAUUUAUCAUGAGUUCGCAAGACUAACCAGAACAGGCCUCUGUAUAUUCUUGAACACCGCAAUCUAGUAAUGGCAUUGGCAAGGUCCUGUUAGUACUUUAAUGGUGGACCAUCUGUUCAAACUUUGCGUUCAUAGCCCUAGAAAUUCUGGGUGAAUCGGGACUAUAGCACAAACUAAAACGAAAUUGCGAGGGGGAUUUUGUGAAGCAUUGUAGCAGAUGAUAGAGCUUUUGUAUAUAAAUAGGAAUUUUUUUUUACUUCUAUUUUUUUGGUUUGACGAUUUAUUGGCUGGCAAGAUAUAUUACAUAUGUGGCGAAAAUGAAUAAAUGAUGAAAUUGUUCUGCCUUUUCACCCUUCUUCAUUCUUUAUUUUAGU